AUGGUCCACAAGAAGAUCGAGGGAAUCAUCGCUGCCGUUCCUACACCACUCACUGCUGAUGCAAAGGCAGUGGACUUGGAGAACAUAAAGGCUCAGGUCGAACGUUUGGCUGAAGCCGGUAUCCAUGGAAUUGUUACCACCGGUACCACUGGUGAGUUUCCAGCUCUCUCGCUUGAGGAGCACAAGAGUGUUAUCAAGGCAUACGUUGACGCAGUCGCAGGAAGGUUCCCUGUGAUUGCUGGUCUUGGCUUCAACAGCACUCAGUUGGCCAUUGAGAUGGCUCAGUACUCUGAAAAAGUCGGUGCUGACGCUUGCAUGAUUGUCCCACCAUUCUACGAUCCUCUCCCAUUCAAGGCUCUCUACAAGUUCUUUGAGGACGUGUGUGGGUCCAUCUCGAUUCCCGUUAUGUACUACAAUUUGCCUGGUGCUACUGGAGUCCACCUCACAGCCGAGCAAUUCAGAGAGCUCUCCAAGAUCAAGGGAUUUGACUACAUGAAGGACACUUCAGGUAACGCCAAGGAGUUGGGUGACCUUUUGACUAACCCUCCAGACGGGCUCCAGCCAUUCAAUGGUUGGGACACCCUUACUUUCUUCGCUAUGUCCCACGGUGCUAGGGCGAGUGUCUGGGGAGUGGCAUCCAUCGUGCCCAAAGAGUGUGUCGAGUUGUGGAACACCUUCACCAAGGAGAAAAACUUGGAGAAAGCCAGAGAGCAGUGGAAGUUCCUCUGGGAGGUAAGUGACUUCCUCGAGAGCGUUUGUUACCCAACAGGUAUCAAGGCCGGUCUUGAGAUUAUUGGCCAUCCAGCAGGCCCAGUUAGGGCACCCACAUUGCCAUUGGAGCAGAAGGAUUACGACAGGUUGAAGAAGAUUCUUUCCAAGAGAAAGUAUUAA